UAUUGGCAUAUUUUUGUGCUGAUGGGUAUUAAGGGUUUGAUUGGUUUCCUCAGUGACGCCGCUCCUGGGUGUAUAAGCGAGGUAACUUUAGAGAGUCUGUCUGGUACUUCUAUUGCCAUUGACGCUUCCACUGCUUUGUAUCAGUUUACUAUUGCUAUUCGUGAGGGCAGUUACUUAUCUUCUUUGACUAAUUCUAAGGGUGAGUCAACAUCUCACAUUGCUGGUCUGUUGAAUCGGUGUAUUCGUUUAUUGGAGCUUGGCAUUCGUCCUGUAUUUGUUUUUGACUCUACUCCUCCGGAGGCUAAGUCACAGACAUUGGCUAAGCGCAAGUUGCUGCGUGAGGAGGCUGAGAGUUCCUUGGAGAAGGCUAUAGAGGAAGAUGAUAAGGAGGCCAUCCGUAAAUACGUAGGUCGCACUGUGCGCAUAACUCAGAAGGAGAACGAGAGUGCUAAGAAGUUGCUUCGUUUGGUGGGUGUUCCUGUAAUCGAGGCUGCGGAGGAGGCUGAGGCUCAGUGUGCUUAUUUAUGUCAGCGUGGUUUUGUUACAGCCGUUGGUAGUGAGGACGCCGACGCUUUGGUUUUCCGUUGUGGUGUAUUGCUGAAGAACCUAACUGCUAGUAACAAGCCUGUGGUUCGUGUUGACCUUGCGAAGGCCUUAGAGCUGCUUGAAUUGACUCACGAGCAGUUUACUGACUUUUGUAUUCUUUGUGGUUGUGACUACUGUGGUACUUUGAAGGGUGUGGGUCCUAAAACUGCUUACAAUUUGAUUAAGAAGCACGGUAGUAUAUCCCGUAUAUUAGAGGUUCGUUCGGAGACUCUUGAGGGCUACGAGGCAGCUCAGGAGUACUUCCGUGACCCUAAGGUCCGUGACAUUACCACUAUAGAUCGUUGUGAGGCUAACAUUGACGGUUUGCGUGAGUUUUUGAUUUCUGAGAACGACUUUUCUGAGGAGCGUGUUGACAAGCUAAUUGAGCGUUUACAGAAGGCUCGUAGUAAGAAGACUCAGCUAUCUCUUAAAUCAUUUUUUGGUUACCCUCCUAGGGCGGCGAAUAUAACGCGUAACUAUACGGUACCUAUUAAGGGAGUCUCUCCACCUGCUGUGGUUGAGUCCGCUGUAGACAGUACUUCAGAUGAUGGCAAGGAUGAAGUCCCCAGUGACGACAAGGUUCCAAGUGUUAACGAGGUCCCAACUGUUGACAAGGUCCCAAGUGUUAACGAGGUCCCAACUGUUGAAGAAGCACCCCCUGCCGACGCCGUGCCAACUGUUGAAGACACUUCCGAGCCUCCAUCUGAGGAACCCGACGCUAAGAAGCGUAAUAAGCGGGUUCCUAUAGAGGUUGACGACAGCCUGGUACCGGAUAACCUUAAGCGUUUUAUAUGUGUUCAGCAUUACGACCCUAGGGUAACUAUAAAACGCACUGGUGCUUCCGAGCUUGGCUCCGACUCUGUGGAUUCCUUGGUGUCGCACAUUUGCGGUGUUUAUGGUAUACAAUCUGGUACUCCUGACAACGAUUUAUCCGUGGUAGGGGAGGGUAUUUUAUGGCCCAAUCCGAUCCUUCAGCGCUUCAGGUCGGUUACUAAGGAUCUUCCUAACUCUCGGUUGCAUGAACUGUGGAGGUGCAGUUCAAGUCAUGGUAUAUCAUGGGACGCCCUUGACAAGUUGUACAUUAACUUCCGUGAGGCUCGUGACAGCAGCGUUGAGGAGUGGGACAAGUACGCUCCGGAGAUUGUUGACUUUGCCAGCAAGGUAGCGCGUGAUAAGAUUACGCAAUGGUUAGAUGGUAGCACUUCAUGUCCUCCUCGUCUACUGCGUCGGUGGACACACUUGCUAUAUUCUCGGUGGCGUGAGCGUUAUUUACAUGUAUACGGCCCGCGAAUGUUAUCGCGUUACUUGAAGGGUGAAGUCACUGACCGUGUUCUUGUUCGUGAGAUUAAUGAGUGUUUACCUGCUGGUGUCGAAUGCUCCGAGCUACCUCUGGACACUGAGCCUUCUGAGCACAACCCGCACUUUGUGCGCCGUGUACCGAAAUCUGGAUCCUAGUGCUGAAUAUAUUAGUCUACUGGUGU